AUGCGCUUGUCGAAACUUUCAUAUCAUAAAAACAUUAAAAAUGGUACACAAAAGUUCGACUCUCAACAACAGCAACAUCAGCAACUACAACAGCAGCAACAACAUGAAACUGCAACAAAAUAUCAAUUUAUUAUGGGAAAGCGCUUUAGCGUUACUCACAGCAAUUACAGCAAUAAUAGUGGAAGCGCACGUGGCAGUGGUAGCGAGUUUGGCAGCGGUGGCGCUCCUACAAAUCGUAACAGUAUUGGCAACGGCAGCUGUGUGUCGUCUACAACGACCUCAACAUCAGCCAAGCGACGAAAAUCCAAACAAACAAAGUGCUUCAGUAGCACAGUGUUUCGUUGUUGUUUACCUUGUCGCGGGGGCGGCUCAGCAGCCCCCGCUACAAGUCCGCCACAAUCACCCGUACCAACACCGGACGAAGUGAAUAACCAAGUGCACGGACUAACGCAACAAUAUCAAAACCAACAGCAAAACGAUAAAGAUAAUAAGCAUUUAAAGGAAGCAACUUCAUUUGAAGAAGUGAAUAUUAUAACUGUGAAAAAGCAUUCAAUCGCUGAUACUAUCGCAACCUCGGCCACAACGCCAAUUUCAUUGAAAACUCUUAUAAACGACGUGGACGAGGAUUACGAGCAACAAUUGAGUGCAGCCGACAUAGCAGCAGCGACAUUAGCGACUGGCAUUUUGGCACGUAAAGCAGAACCGGAAACUCUAAGUGACGCAAGCGUUUCACCAACGGCAGCUGUACUACAAGCCGCAGCAAUUGGUUCAGUAUCAACAACUUCAUUGCUAUCCACUACGACAUCCCUUUUGUCUACCGUGGCAACAACACAAGUUUCACCUACAACACCAACAACAGCAACAACUGCAUUAAGUUUCGCAACAGCACCCACAUCCGCAACUGUUGCGGCCACCACACAAACUCCGGUCGCCAGCACAGUGCAGCGUUGCUGCUGUCAACAACAAACCUCUCCUUUGCCACACAUCAAAGAGGAAGAAGAAUCCGAACAACAUCAACAAUUUCUCAAUAAUCAACAAAAACUUUUACGUGCCGAUUCCGAUCAGCAAUUGUUGUUAGUAACUACUACUACAAGCUACAGUGAUAGUAGCGAUAGUGCGUUACACUCAACGUGCAACACUUGCUCAGCAGCUGCUGGUCCAACAUCAGCUACAAGCUGUGUACAAGACUGCACAACCUCAACACCCUCACCUCGUAUAAAGCACAAAUUUCGAAAACAGCACAAGUCCGGCUGGUCACGUAUUGUAAUCACUCCAGGUGCUGGUGUUGGUCUCGGAGCUACAACUUCGAACGAAACUCUUGCCUCUAGUGGCAGCAAUACUAAUACCAAUACCAAUAGUAGCAGUGCUACUGCUGCCCACCGACUUGCUUCGUCUUCUGCAUCAGCUCUAGCGCCCUACGGCAGUACUCAACUAUUACCAGCUAAGAUGCAAGCUGAACAGGGAUCCAUCGGUGAUCUGCAGAAGUAUCACAGCCGAUACUUGAAAAAUCGCAGGCAUACUUUAGCAAAUGUUCGAUAA